AUGGCCUCGAAUGGUUUUUGUGCUAGAUAUAUUCGAUACCAAUUCUCACCUUGUAUCACUAUUUACAUCCCUCAGAUCUGGGGUAGCACGUCUCAUACAUUGACCAUGUCUGGAACAUCCUUCAAAAGCACCGUCAAUGAGUACUUAGAAGCACUCCCAGACGUGGUACAGUCUCGUAUUUAUGAUGCGCCUGCAACAUGUCUAUCAAUCUUCCGGCUUCUACCUUCUUUGGCAAAGUUCUAUGUAAUGAGUAUGCUUUUCAGUCCAAAGCCAGUGGCCAUCAAAGAUCUAGAAAAAUGGUGCCAACCGCAAGCUCGAAGACUUCAAUACGAGUCUCUCAAGAGACUUCGUGCUUUGCAUCUAAUAGAAAAUGACAAAUCAGGAACGCAUGUUAGAUUGCACCCUAAAUUUCAGAAUAACUUCAGAGACUGCUUGACUGGAUCGCAAGCGCCAAACGCCUUUGGAAUCAUUUCAACAGAACCUGAAAAUAAAAAUGUUGACAUCAAAUUCCUUGAUAAAUUUGCAUCUCAGAAAUGGGAAACCAUCUUGCAUUUUAUGGUCGGUUCUGAACUACCGUCAGUACCAUCGAAGUCAGUUCUUUCUCUUCUCAAGCUGGGAGGCUUGAUGGAAGGGCCGGGAAACAGCGCAGCUACACUAAGAAUCACGAAUAGUGGAUUCCAAUUUUUGCUCCAAGAUGUCAAUAUUCAGAUUUGGACGAUUCUUUUGGAAUACCUCAACUUGACUCUGGACUUAAACAUGGAUGCUGUAGAUGUCUUGAAUUUCAUAUUCAUCCUAGGAUCCUUAGAAUUGGGCAAGGCCUAUUCAGUGACGAGUUUGAGUGAAACUCAACUCAAGAUGUUGCCGGAUUUGCGAGACUAUGGUCUAGUAUACCAACGUUCUGAGAAUUCACCAAGAUUUUUUCCUACUAGAUUAGCGACAACUCUUACAUCCGAUUCCAUGGGAUUAAAAACGCCAUCAAUGGUUCUUAAUCAAACCUUACAGGAUGCCGAAUCUAACGAAGCCGAAUCGGUCGACACCGCUCAUCAAGAAUCACAGAUGGGCCAAAUUGUGUUGGAGACAAAUUUUAAAUUAUAUGCAUACACUAAUUCUCCAUUAGAGAUUGCCAUUCUCAAUCUUUUUGUCUCGCUAAAGAUUCGAUUUGCAAACAUGGUCAUUGGCCAGAUCACCCGUGAAUCAAUUCGCAAAGCCUUAUACAAUGGCAUUACAGCCGACCAGAUAAUUCGGUUCCUCGAAACUCAUGCUCAUACACAAAUGAAACAGCUUGCCGUUGAAAAACUUGACAAAAAAAUCGAGUUUGACAUAAGUCACAACAUCAAUACGGCCGGUGGAGCGCCACAAUCAAAAAGUACUGACAGCACAAAUGCACAGCAUAGACUUGAGAUUCUCCCUCCUAAUGUUGUUGACCAAAUUAAAUUGUGGCAGCUAGAAUUGGAUAGAAUUCAAACCUUUGAUGGAUACUUAUUCAAGGAUUUCCAAAACGUCAAAGAAUACGAGGUUUUGUGCAAUUACGCCUCUGAAGUCGGAGUUUUGCUCUGGUCAGAAAAAUCUAAAUUACGCUUUUUUGUCACUGCUGAUGGAAUGACCCAAGUAGCUGAUUUUGCGAGUCGUAAAUAA